GUUUGAGGUUCUACAGUAAGUGACGUUCGUCCGUACAGACUCCAGACAGAAUUACAUGUUUGAGGUUCUACAGUAAGUGACGUUCGUCCGUACAGACCCCAGACAGAAUUACGUGUUUGAGGUACUACAGUAAGUGACGUUCGUUCGUACAGACUCCAGACAUAAUUACAUGUUUGAGGUACUACAGUAAGUGACGUUCGUCCGUACAGACUCCAGACAGAAUUACAUGUUUGAGGUUCUACAGUAAGUGACGUUCGUCCGUACAGACUCCAGACAGAAUUACAUGUUUGAGGUUCUACAGUAAGUGACGUUCGUCCGUACAGACUCCAGACAGAAUAACGUGUUUGAGGUACUACAGUAAGUGACGUUCGCCCGUACAGACUCCAGACAGAAUUACGUGUUUGAGGUUCUACAGUAAGUGACGUUCGUCCGUACAGACUCCAGACAGAAUAACGUGUUUGAGGUACUACAGUAAGUGACGUUCGUCCGUACAGACUCCAGACAGAAUUACGUGUUUGAGGUACUACAGUAAGUGACGUUCUUCCGUACAGAUUCCAGACAGAAUUACAUGUUUGAGGUUCUACAGUAAGUGACGUUCGUCCGUACAGACUCCAGACAGAAUUACGUGUUUGAGGUACUACAGUAAGUGACGUUCUUCCGUACAGACUCCAGACAGAAUUACAUGUUUGAGGUUCUACAGUAAGUGACGUUCGUCCGUACAGACUCCAGACAGAAUUACGUGUUUGGGGUACUACAGUAAGUGACGUUCGUCCGUACAGACUCCAGCUAGAAUUACGUGUUUGAGGUACUACAGUAAGUGACGUUCGUCCGUACAGACUCCAGACAGAAUUACGUGUUUGAGGUAUUACAGUAAGUGACGUUCGUCCGUACAGACUCCAGACAGAAUUACAUGUUUGAGUUUUUCUACAUCUAUGUAUACACGGCAGGCCUCGCUUUCCUCCUGUUCAUCUACGUGUUCCUGCUGCGGACCGAACCUCUCCCGACACCCAACUGGCUUUGUUCAGUAUAUGUCUGGUUGCGUUCGAGAAUCUCUGGUGCCAAACCGGAAACGGAAGAAGUUAUUGCUAAAAAACCAAAACAGAAAAUAAGUUAUAACGGAGCAUUACACGAGACCGGAAGUUCUUUUCUGCGUUUGGGCGCUGUUGGUUUCGGAAUCGGGGGUAUGGUAUUGGAUGUGCUCUAUUUUGGUCAAUAUUUCGAGUUCGAGGACAACCACAGGUUCUGUCUGGACGCCACUCAAAUACUGAAACCUAUCAUCAAAUUUUGUUUCUCCUUCUCACAGCUGUUCUUCGUCUUCCGAAACUCAAAGGUGAGCAUCCUUCAGCAUUCGUCCGUCGCUCGGUUUGGGUUCAUGCACAUGAGCGCUGCGAACGUUUGUGUUUGGUUCCGAGUCAUAGUCGUGGAGACGCUUCACUCCAUACACAGCUACCAGAAGUCACACCAUUAUGCGUUGUUGAAUUCAACAAAAACAGUAAAAGUUAAUGAAACGGAAAUGUCGUAUUUUCCGGCACUUCCAGAACUUUCGUGUCAGUGGAGUAAUUUGAUUGGUAAAGUGUUACGGUCCGCCAGUCCAUACCUCUACCCUUUUACCAUCGAGUACAGCGUCAUCUGUGCUGGCAUCUUCUUUGUGCUGUGGCAGAAUGUCGGCACGAAGGCUAAAAGGACCACAACAAACGGUGACGUAACACACAACCACUGGAUUAGUGUUGACUGCGGAAGCUCCAGUCGGGGUCUGUUUCUUGGAAUUUUGACAUUUAUUGCCUCACUUAUUUCAAUGAUCCUCUUUAGCGUUGUCGUGAACACGGACGACGAUAGUCACGUGAUCGUCUUAGUAGUUUACUUAUGUGAAAUCGUCACGUACGCUUUUAUGAUCGUUGCAACUAUUUUCGCGGUAUGGCGCAUGCGCCACUUGCAAUUUUCAAGACACUUAACAGAGGAGCUGGAAACGAUUCUGGCAUGGCUAUCUUUCAGUGGACUUUUCAUGUUUUCGGUGUUUAGUAUUUUCGCUGCUGUUUAUUUCAUUGACACACUUGAAGGCGCCUUAACGAUUGUUACCAAUUGUUUUGCGAUGAUACAAGCGACACUUCAGACAAUGUUGCUGAUAAUGGGGAUGGGAAUGUCGGCCGGAAAUCAAACGAACGCAACAAAAAAGGAGGGAAGGGAAUUUAUCACUUUUCUGCUUCUGUGUAAUAUAACAAUGUGGGGAAAUACAACAUUUCAGAUCAAGGACGCCGCCCACAAUCCUGUACAGCUACAGUUUUACGGACCGGAAGCCUGGGGCAUAUUUACCCAUGUGUCCGUGCCGCUCUCCAUCUUCUUCCGGUUUCAUUCCACAGUGUGUCUAUCUCAUAUAUGGAAACACGCCUGGAAAAUUAAACGACUGUGAAAACUUUUGAUAAUUUCAGAAAAUGCUUUUUAAUUUAUGGUGACAGUAAUCGUUCGAUUAUGUCACUAAUUGGUCCAGAUGAUUUCAGAGACAUAGAUAAAAGGCUAAUAUACAAAUCUUCAAAAGUGUACCUUGCUCUUUUGUGCCACCAAACACUAUAAAUCUAUUGUGCCUUUCUUAUUUUUUAUUUGUCAUCAGAAUUCAUUAUUCUCCAGACGCGAUGUAUUAUAAAUAUGUUCUUUUAUUGAUAGUAACAUUAAACAGUUUUUAA